GCUGCAACUAAAAAGAAAAGAGGAAAAGAAAGAAAACGGCUCCGAAGAGUUCCAGUCCAUAAUCGUCACAAUGAAGGAUGAUAGUGACCACUCAACAAACUGGCUCCUGGACUGUAUUAACAAAGUCAUCACCAGUCAACCACCGUACGAAAUAGCAGUCUGGAAACACGACGUAGAAGAAGGACACAAGCUCUCGCGCCAAUACGACUGGGACGAGGUGCCGAGCGAGAACCCGAAUAUACACUAUCAUAUAAUCUUCGGAGGUAAACUAACCAGCCAGCUGAGAGACUGUAACAAGUGGAAGACACUCAGAACACAGCUCAAAAUGAUAACAACAUCGUUCAAGAGUAUGCUCCUAUAUCAACCCAGAGCGAUGGUCUGCUACUGUAAGCUACCCGGAAAAGAACUCAUCAUGCUAACACCGGUGAAAGGGAUACUCAGCGAAAUGAUAGAUAGCAUCAAGCAAGAGGAAGUCAAGGAAAUGAAUCAAAAGAAGUUCGUCGAACGGAAAAGCAAGGAGAUGAUCAGAGCACGAGGCGAAUCGACAGCGAACAUGUAUGUACAGGCGCUUAUAAAGAUUAUUAACAAAAACAACUACGGAACGAGCGAAGAAGUACUAGACUUCUUAGGAACUCACUACAAGGAGAAUAUCAACAAAGAACUAUUAUCACCUUACGAUAUCUCACUGAAGAAUCUCUACACCGAUACGAUGAGAAGAGAGAAGAUGAUCCAAAGCGCGAUAAACCUAACAAACGUCGGUAACAGGAACAAAUCGAUGUGGAAUCUAAUUUCAGAGUGGAAACCACUAACCACCUACUGGUCACCUUACUUCAGUCGUGGUUGGAAGAUCCGUACGAAGUCAAGAAAUUCUUAAUCGACCUGGAAUUAUGGUUCAACCGACAAAACGGAAAAGUAAACGGUAAGUUCUCAUCUAUGAUCGUAGAUAUCGCAAAGGACGUGGGGGUUCUCCAUUCUGGGACCAGUUCAUGAGUUGCAUCGGCAAACGCAUUCUAUACGGCAACGAGUUCAGCCUAAAUAUGGAAACGAAGGAAAUAUUCAAACUGAUACUAGAGGGACAACAAACCAAAAUAAAAGUAAAGAUGAUGGGUGAUCAAACCCUAGCAGGAACACCAGUGCUAUUGUGUUCGAAUAAUGAAAUCAUCAGGAACGAUAGCACCAUCUCACUCGACGACAAACUCGCAUUCGACGCAAGGAUGAUCAAACUGGAAUCCAAAAAGAUAGCAAAUCCGAAAUGGCUGAAAGAAUUCGGCAUCAACAAAAAGUUCGAUCCGAGAGCUAUCAGCGAGAGAUGAGA